AUGAGUCGGAAAUUGGAAUGGCCCACAUUCUCCAAUGCUUACCACGAUGAGCUUCUGGGACUUGUCCAGAGCUGCGCUUCCAGUCAGGCGAACCAUUCUUGUCUAACCUGGAAGGUUGUCGAAGCCGUUCAUGCGAGGAGUUCGUUCAUCUUCAUGCAGUUGUUUGCCACCGGGCGUGCAGCGAGGCCUUCGGGACUCACAUUGGACGAUCCGAGCUUCCCAUAUGUUGGUGCUGGAGAUAUCUCGCUCGCCGAUCGGAACCAUGAACGGCCUCGCUCAAUGACUGUGCUUGAGAUCAAAGAGUAUAUACAGCUCUUCGCGACAGCCGCGUCGAAUGCUGUCAACGAAGCAGGCUUUGACAGUGUCGAGAUUCAAGGCGCGGAUGGGUACCUGGCCGACCAAUUCUUGCAGACGACGGCGAAUAAUCGCCCGGAUGAUAUGGAGGAUAUGCGCAUGCUAGACCCCUUGCCGACGUUCCGCUCAUUGGUAUCACGUCUUCGCGAUACCUAUCCUGACCUCAGCUGCCUUCAUGUCGUCGAGCCCCGCAUAGCUGGAGCCGCGGAAAGAGAAUCUAAGGUAGAUGAGAGUAAUGACGAUCUGCGCAAGAUUUGGGGUUCGAGGCCAUAUCUUGCAGCAGGCGGCUUUACGAGGGAGGAUGCCAUACAGACUGCAGAAGAGAAAGGUGGUUUGGUGGUCUUUGGCAGACACUUUAUAUCCAAUCCUGAUCUUCCGACACGAUUGCUGAAGGGGCUACCAUUGACACCAUAUGACCGAGUGAUGUUCUAUAUCCAGGACGGAGUAAAGGGCUACACGGAACAUCCAUUUUCUCAGGUAGAUAUCAAGGUCGCCGCUUGA